UGGGGGUCCCUGGAGGUCUCUGGGGGUUCCUGGGGGUUCCUGGGGGUCCCUGGGGGUCCCUGGAGGUUCCUGGGGGUUCCUGGGGGUUCCCAGAGCCACCACCCAUGAGUGUCCCCAAGGCCUGGGUGUCCCCAAACCAGGGUGUCCCUGACCUCUGGGUGUCCCCAAACCUGGGUGUCCCCAAACCUGUGUUGUCCCCAAAGGCUGGGUGUCCCCAAACCUGGGUGUCCCCAAACCCGGGUGUCCCCAAACCUGAGUGUCCCCAAACCUGUGUGUCCCCAGACCGGGGUGUCCCCAAACCUGGGUGUCCCCAGACCGGGGUGUACCCAAACCUGGGUGUCCCCAAACCUGAGUGUCCCCAAACCUGGGUGUCCCCAGCCCCUCACCCAGGGUGGGGGUCCCUGUCAGGAGCCCCUCAGCUGCCCCCCAGGGAAGGACCCCGCUCUCACAGAGCCACCCCCAGCCCCACAGCACAUCUGGGACACCCCCGGAGCCUUCAAAGCCGCGCCUGGGGAGAGACGAAAGGCCCGGCUCAACUCCUGGCCGGAGAUGAAAGGAAAAUUCUCCCUCGGCGGCUGGAACGAGUUCCCGGAGCUGAGGAGCUGCAUUUCCUGAGCCGCCUUUCCAGAGGGACACAGAGCAGAUUCCCGGGGCUCCGCGCUCCCCGAGGAUGCUCCGUGGGCUGGGAGGGGAUGAGGAUGAGGAUGAGGAGCAGUGGGAUGGGGAAGGAAAAGCUCCUUGAGGAUGAGCCCGGGGCGGGGGAGCGGCUGCCGGGCGGAUGCGAGCGACACAUUUUCCUCAUUUUGUCCCAGGAAAUUCUAUUCCGAUUAAAAGGCGUUUGAUCUCCACGGAGCGGGCGGGGGGGGGUUGGGUUUCUCUCCAAUUGUUGGGUUUUAUGUGGGUCAGGAAUCGGCUCAAAGCUCCCGAGGAUUUUUGGGGCUGCAGAAUGUGGAGUUGGGAUUUUUGGGGUUUAUGAAAAGGUGGAGGAGGAAGGGAUGGAGCCAAGAGCAGCCCGGGGCUCCUCCUCUCCCGGUUUUCCAAAGGGUUGAUCCCUCUCCAUCAGGGAAGGGGAAUCCUCCAGCUCCUCAUCUCCUCCAGCACCAGGAAUAAAAGGGUUUUUCCAGGACCACGGGGGUCUCGUGGAAUUUGGGAUCUCCCGAGGGCUGGAGGGGAUGAAUUUGGUCGGGAUUUAUUGGCCUAAAAAAGGGGUAAAAACCACUCAAAAGUGAGGCAGAGGCACCACGAGGGACAGGCAGGAGGAGGGUGGGGGGCUGCUCCUUCCCCCUGGUUGUUAUUCCAGCCUUUCCAGCCCCUUCCCCACGUCCUUCUCUCCCAUUCCCAGCUGAGGAGGAAGGGAAGCAAUGGGAAUUUGGUGGGAAGGAGCAGAGGAAGGGUGGGGACCCCCCAGUGACCCCUCAGCCGAGCUGUGCUUGGCCCCUUCGGGCUCUCCACAAACCCCAUCCCGAAGGCUCUUCCCAGAUAUCCCAGCCUGGGGAUUUUCAGCCUCCUCGUUAAGCACUGGGCCCAUAUUGAAAUGUUUUAUUCCCUUGGUUGCUCUCCAAGCUGAGAAUUGUCCUAAAAAUAACCAUUCCCAGUUCUGUGUGUGAUGUUCUCCCCCCUCUCCCAGCCCCUGGCUCCGUCCCAGCUCCCCCAGCUCCGGUGAGUUCAUCCCGACACCAGAACUGCUCCUUUGGAGAUCUUUAAAUCCCAGAGCUGAUUCUCACCCAAAGCCUGGCUGGAGCACGAGGAUUCCCUCGGGAAUGGCAGCAGGACUGGGCUCGUGUCCGUGUGUCCGGCGCCCUCCCAGCUGGACACGGCCCCUGGGAGCCAGGCCACCCCAAGCUCUUCCUCGAGGACUCUUCCUCACCCCUCUCCCUCCCUUCCAGACCCUCAGGACGCCGAGAGUGAGGUGGGAUUUGGGGAAUUUUCUGGUUUUUCCCAGCCAGGGAACAAAGGGAAAAUCCAGGCUGAGCCAGCAGCGUGUCCAGGGAGCAGGGACACCACGUGUGGUGACAUCCCCGUGUCCUGGAAGGGACACACUCCUUGUUCCUGGCUGUGGCACUUCCCUAGACCCCAUUCCCAGGAGAAGAAUUCCAUGGGGAACUGGGAUCUGUGUCCCUGUUGGGGACAUCCAGCCAGGAUUUGUGUCCCUGUAAGGGACAUCCAGCCAGGAUCUGUGUCCCUGUUGGGGACAUCCAGCCAGGAUCUGUGUCCCUGUUGGGGACAUCCAGCCAGGAUCUCUGUCCCUGUUGGGGACAUCCAGCUGGGAUCUGUGUCCCUGUUGGGGACAUCCAGCUGGGAUCUGUGUCCCUGUUGGGGACAUCCAGCUGGGAUCUGUGUCCCUGCUGGGGACAUCCAGCUGGGAUCUGUGUCCCUGUUGGGGACAUCCAGCCAGGAUCUGUGUCCCUGUUGGGGACAUCCAGCCAGGAUCUGUGUCCCUGUUGGGGACAUCCAGCCAGGAUCUGUGUCCCUGUUGGGGACAUCCAGCUGGGAUCUGUGUCCCUGUUGGGGACAUCCAGCCAGGAUCUGUGUCCCUGUUGGGGACAUCCAGCCAGGAUUUGUGUCCCUGUUGGGGACAUCCAGCCAGGAUCUGUGUCCCUGUUGGGGACAUCCAGCUGGGAUCUGUGUCCCUGUUGGGGACAUCCAGCCAGGAUCUGUGUCCCUGUUGGGGACAUCCAGCCAGGAUUUGUGUCCCUGUUGGGGACAUCCAGCCGCGAUCUGUGUCCCUGUUGGGGACAUCCAGCCAGGAUCUGUGUCCCUGUUGGGGACAUCCAGCCAGGAUCUGUGUCCCUACUGGGGACAUCCAGCCAAGAUCUGUGUCCCUGUUGGGGACAUCCAGCCAGGAUCUGUGUCCCUGUUGGGGACAUCCAGCUGGGAUCUGUGUCCCUACUGGGGACAUCCAGCCAAGAUCUGUGUCCCUGUUGGGGACAUCCAGCCAGGAUCUGUGUCCCUGUUGGGGACAUCCAGCCGGGAUCUGUGUCCCUGUAAGGGACAUCCAGCCAGGAUUUGUGUCCCUGCACACGAGGACAGUGUCCCCAGCACCUCCUUCCCCCCACCCAAAGCCACCUGGAGGGGUCCCCAGCCCCACCAGGCUCAUCCGGAGCCUUUGAGGCGCCGCUUCCGCCCUCGCCACAUCUUGAGAGCAGAUUGGGAAAAUGUGAAAAAUCUGUGGUUUUCCUUCGUGUGCUUUGAAUCCCUCCAAGGGCAGGAAAAGUGGGAUGGGGCCACUGCUGGACCCUCAGGAAGUGCUGAGACCCCCCCUCAGUGGGUCCCAGAGCCACGGGGGCCCUCCAGGAGCCUAAAUAACCCCCAAAACCCAGCAGAGGCUCCCCAGUUCCUGAAGAUUCCCCAGGCUGCCCAGCAGCAGGGAGUAAGGAAUGCUGCGAAGGGAAAAACGGGUGAUUCCAUGAAAAACGGGGCUGGGAAAAGCUGGUGAAGCCAGAAAUUAGGACAGGGUGGCUGGGACUUUGUGGGAGAUGUGGGGGGUCAGGGUGAGGGGAUGGAUUGGAGUGUCCUGGGAAGUCUUUGGAGCCACCAGGACCUCUGUCCUGUCCUGUUCCCACCAGGAAUUCCAGCUGGGAUCUUUCCCUUGGAGCGAGACCUCACCCCAGGGCUUUGUAGGGACUCGGCUCGUCCCUGUAGGGCCACGCUGAGUUCCUCGGUGAUCCCUGUUUUGGGGGAUGUCCCUGUUUUGGGGGAUGUCCCCGGUUUUGGGGUGUUCCAGGUGGCUUUGGGGUCCCGCUCGCGUCCCCCCCCCAGCCCGGGCUGUGCCAGCGCCGCCCUCUGGUGGCUCCUGCUGGCCCUGCAGCCGGCGCUGUCCCCAAAGUGUCCCCAAAGUGUCCCCAAAGUGUCCCCAAAGUGUCCCCACCCCACGGUCAGGGAUUGGGAUGGGGCUGGGAAUGGGAAUUUCGCUCAGGGCUGACUCCAAAGCCCCCCUGAAGCCCCUCUGCCCCUCGCUUGCUUCCAGGGAAAAAACCACCACUUCCCCAGAAAUCCCUUUGGGCUGAAAUCCCCGAAUCCCAAGGGAUUUGUGAGGGGGGAAAAGCCACCUCAGACUCCCGGUGGAUGAGGAAGGGAGGAGUUAAACGAUCCCACUCACCCCAAAAGCUCCCCAGGGAAUUGCAGAGCAGCCAGGCUGGUGAGGGAGGGCUGUAUUUGUGGUGGCACAGGGUGACAGCGAGGGUGGCACCCACCCCGGCACCCCCCAGCUGCAAACCAGGGCGAAUCCACGUAAAAACAGAGGGAAUAUUUACACACAGGAUCCUUUAAAAAAGCUGGGAUGUGCGGUGGGAAUUCCAGGUUUAGGGACUCCAGCAGGUCACAGCCUCACCCCAAAGGUGCUCCUCAAUCCCUGGGGUCACCUGAGCCACCCCCAUCCCCUCCCCUCUCCUCCUGCUUCCACAAAAACAUUUUUUUUCCCCAAUUUUUUCCUCUCCCUGAGGUUCAGGCAGGUCAGGCUUUGGCUCUGAAUCCCUUUCCCCCACACACCUUUUCCCCACACACCCGCUGCUGCAACUUCAAAGCGUUAAAUACGGCAUUUAUGGUUAAACACGGGAUCCCAAUCCUUUUAAAAACCAGCCCGGGGGAGCAGCAUUCCCAACCCCGGGAGCUUUGGGAUGAGCUGUGCUCCUCCGCUCCCAGAUAAACCCCAAAUCCCUGGAGAGACCUGGCUGGGAGCUCCUGGGAGGCUCAUCCCAGGGGACAAAGGAGCAGAGAGGGCGACACGUGGAGCAGCACAGCGACAAAAACGGCGA